AUGGAGAUGAACAAUUACUUACCGAGCGAGCUUAACGAAGCAGUCUUAAAGCAGUCUGUAGCAUUAUCGGAUAAUGUUGCUGUUAAAGGUAUUGAUUAUACAGCCCCGGAGGCGACGGACAUGAAAGCUUCUGACCUGGUCAAGGCUAUGAAAACCAUGGGGUUCCAAGCCUCAUCUAUAGGACAAGCUUGCGAGAUUAUUGACGAGAUGCGCUCUUGGAGGGGCAAACAUAUUGAUGAGUUGGAGGAUGUUGAGCGUAAAGGCGAGUUCGAUGUCGAUGGGUUCCAGAAAACGACGAUAUUCAUGGGAGUUACGUCAAAUAUCAUCUCAUCUGGUAUUCGUGAGACAAUAAGGUUCUUGGUUCAGCACAAGAUGGUCAGUGCAUUGGUCAUGACCGCUGGUGGGGUAGAAGAAGACCUUAUUAAGUGCUUAGCCGACACUUAUCUUGGUGAAUUUAGCUUGAAGGGUGCUUCUCUUCGUGAAAAGGGUCUAAACCGUAUUGGUAACCUGUUAGUGCCUAACGACAACUACUGUAAGUUUGAAGAAUGGGUUAUUCCUGUUUUGGAUAAGAUGUUAGAGGAGCAGGAGGAGCACGUCCGCAUACACGGAAACGAGGCUCUGCACGCAAAUGCCUCCAAGGAGAGCCCUAUUUGGACUCCAUCCAGCCUCUGUGACAGACUGGGUAAGGAGAUCAAUGACGAAAGCAGUGUGUUGUAUUGGGCUCACAAAAAUAAGAUCCCUGUUUUUUGCCCAGCCAUAACUGACGGUAGUAUUGGAGAUAUGUUGUUUUUCCACACCUUCAAAUCCCAUCCAAGCCAGUUGAGGCUGGAUAUAGUUGCAGACAUUCGUCGUAUUAAUACCAUGGCUAUGGAGGCUACUUCUGCCGGUAUGAUCAUCCUAGGCGGUGGUGUGAUUAAGCACCAUAUUGCCAACGCUUGUUUGAUGAGAAACGGAGCAGACUUCGCGGUAUAUAUUAACACAGGUCAAGAGUUUGACGGUUCCGAUGCUGGAGCCAGUACUGAUGAAGCAGUCUCCUGGGGUAAGAUUAAAUCUGAAGCAAAGGCUGUAAAGGUUUUUGCUGAUGUAACUACCGUAUUCCCACUAAUUGUAGCUGCAACGUUCGCAAAUGGAAAGGAUGUUGUCAAAGACACUCAAAGUAAAUAG